UCGGUGACUUCAGAUCCAAUCAACGGCCCCACGUUCAUCUCUUUCUCUCUCUCUCUGAACAUUCAAACAACAAAUAUAGAAAGAAGUAGCCAGCAGCAAGAGACGAGAGGAACAUCAAAACUGAAACGUGCCUCCAUUUCUAUACCCAAAUCUUUUAGUACACAAAGGAUACAAGCCCUCUUAAAUGCCAAAGGUUUAUGCUUUGAUUGGCAGAGAAGAGAGAAAUUUGAAGUAAUUAGGUAACAAGAAGAGAUAAUUUUUUUCCUUGUUAUGGUGGGGGCGAUGGCAAACAAUGGAAGAAUCCGGUCAGCUUUUCCGGUGGCUAAUGGGUCAAAAGAUCUGACUUCGAACAGUGCUCCGGCGAGCACGGCGGGAUCUGAAUAUGGUCCAGUUGAGUUCACAAGAGAAGACGUUGAAGCUCUUCUUAAUGAGCGAAUCAAGUACAAGAGCAAGUUCAACUACAAGGAAAGAUGCGAGAAUAUGAUGGAUUAUAUAAAAAGACUUAGACUUUGCAUUAGAUGGUUUCAAGAACUUGAGUUGGAUUACGCUUUUGAGCAAGAGAAGUUGAAGAACGCUUUGGAAUUGAAUGAGAAGCAUUGUGCUGAUAUGGAGGUUAGUUUGAAAAACAAGGAAGAGGAGCUGAAUAUGAUAAUUGAGGAGCUGAGGAAGAAUUUUGAAUCUGUUCAAAUUCAACUUGCCAAGGAACAAACGGAGAAGUUGGCCGCAAAUGAUUCUCUUGGACAAGAGAAAGAAGCAAGACUUGCUGUUGAAAAGGCACAAGCUGGUCUCACAGAAGAGUUAGGAAAAGCACAAGGAGAACUUCAAACGGCUAAUCAGAGGAUACAAUCGGUGAAUGACAUGUACAAACUGUUGCAAGAGUAUAACUCAAGCCUGCAGCUGUAUAACAGCAAGCUACAAGGUGAUCUUGAUGAAGCUCACGAAACUAUAAAACGCGGCGAGAAAGAACGGACUGCCAUUGUCGAAAAUAUUGGCAACUUGAAGGGUCAGUUUUCAGCUUUGCAGGAUCAGCUUGCUGCUUCUAAGGCCUCUCAAGAUGAUAUUAUGAAGCAGAAAGCCGAAUUGGUAAACGAAAUCGCCAGUCUCAAGGUCGAGCUUCAGCAGGCUAAAGAUGACCGUGAUCACCAUUUAACGGAGUUAAAAACCUUACAAACCGAGGCAACCAAGUAUAAUGACUUCAAAGACACCAUAAUCGAGCUUGAGGCUACAUGUUCGUCCCAGGAUACUCAGAUACGAGAGUUGCAAGAUCGGCUAGUAUCUUCUGAUAGGAGACUGCAGAUGUCUGAUCUAACUACCUUUGAGAAAAUGAAUGAGUUUGAAGAACAGAAGCAAACCAUUAUCGACCUGAAAACUCGCGUAGAAGAAGCAGAGCUUAAACUCGUUGAAGGAGAAAAACUACGGAAGAAGUUGCACAAUACUAUUCUUGAAUUGAAAGGCAACAUACGUGUGUUCUGUAGAGUUAGACCUCUAUUGCCGGGAGAGAAUAAUGGUGAUGAGGGAAAAACCAUUUCUUACCCAUCAUCUUUAGAACUACUUGGUCGCGGUAUUGACUUGAUGCAAAACGCGCAAAAGCAUUCUUUCACAUUUGACAAGGUUUUUCUGCCAAAUGCAUCACAAGAAGACGUUUUCAUAGAGAUUUCUCAACUUGUUCAGAGUGCUCUCGAUGGUUACAAGGUGUGCAUUUUUGCAUAUGGACAAACGGGUUCAGGUAAAACUUACACAAUGAUGGGUAGACCAGGAAAUCCCGAAGAAAAAGGACUGAUCCCGCGAUGUUUGGAACAAAUAUUUGAAACGAGACAGUCUCUUCGAUCUCAGGGUUGGAAAUACGAGUUGCAGGUCUCUAUGUUGGAAAUAUACAAUGAAACGAUCCGAGAUCUCUUGUCAACGAAUAAAGAAGCAGUAAGAGCAGACAAUGGCGUCUCUCCACAGAAACAUGCUAUUAAACAUGAUGCUAGUGGGAACACACAUGUCGCUGAGCUUACUAUUUUGGAUGUUAAAAGCUCCCGAGAGGUUUCAUUCCUCUUAGAUCAUGCUGCUCGUAACAGAUCGGUAGGGAAGACUCAGAUGAAUGAGCAAUCGUCAAGAAGCCAUUUUGUUUUCACACUAAGGAUUUCCGGUGUCAACGAGAGCACUGAGCAACAAGUACAAGGGAUCUUGAACCUGAUUGAUCUUGCAGGGAGUGAGCGUUUAUCGAAGAGUGGAUCAACCGGAGAUAGACUUAAAGAAACUCAAGCAAUCAACAAGAGCUUGUCGUCUCUUGGCGAUGUCAUUUUCGCCUUAGCAAAGAAAGAAGAUCAUGUACCAUACCGAAACUCAAAGCUCACUUAUCUUCUCCAGCCUUGCUUAGGCGGUGACUCUAAGACGCUAAUGUUUGUGAACAUUGCACCGGAAUCUUCUUCUACCGGUGAGUCUCUCUGCUCGCUUAGAUUUGCAGCGAGAGUGAACGCUUGUGAGAUUGGAACUCCGCGUAGGCAGACUAACAUCAAGCCAUUGGAUCGUUUGAGCCUUGGAUGAGAGAAAGAGAGAUGAAUUUGAGGUUUGAAGCUUGAAGCUAUAAAGCAUCAUUAUUAAGUUAAUUGUAUGAAUAUUUGUACUUAAAAUAUGGUUCAAGGAUGGGAUGAUUCUAACGGGAAGACCUUUUGUUGUAAUCUGUAUAGUUUUGUUUAGCAUCUUAAAAAAUCUGUUGUUUCUGUAAUUUUUUUUCUUCUUCUGGAUCAGUAGGAUUUUGCUUGUUGAUGUUUGGAUUCAUAUUAAAUUUUCUCUGAGAUUCAAAAUAUUCAUUUCUCU